ACAGCAAAAUUAAUUUACCACUUCGGAUGUCCUUUAUGAUUCCUCGACCUCGUCCCUCGGCUCCUUCCUCAUGACAAACGACAAGAACAAUGCAGCUUGGCCGUCCAGCUAGCAACCGCAAUUCACGCGCCAGCCGUUCUGCGAGAGGAAGAGGUCAAGAUUCGAUGAGUCGAGGAGCUUCAAGCUCCACAGGUACCCCACAAGGACUAAGCACCCCGAACGCCUUCGAGAAAGAGCGCGCUGAGAAUGCUGCGAAAAGAGCGGAGAGCAAGAAUCAUAAGGGCAUAAUGAGCAACGGACGAGGAGGUAGAGGCAAUGGUUCGUUCAGCACCACACCAAAGACGUUCCCACAAACGGCAGCUAAGCAGAAGCCAGGCCCUUCCAGCAAGCUGCCUUCUACAACUAUGACUCCUUUCGCUAUGGCUCCAGCAGCUACAUCGUCUCCCUUUGAUUCGGCCGCGCCGACGGCUUUUAAUCCUUUCGGGUCGAAACCUAGCACGACAUUAGGAACGAACGGCGCAACCUCGAACUCGAAUCCUUUUGGCGCCCCUUCAAAUCCAGAGACAGCUGUGAAUGCUUUUGGAAAGCCAGGUGGUACUACAUUCGGUGCGGUAUCAGCGACGAAGACCCCAAUCAAUCCUUUUGGAGCGCCUUCGAAACCAGAGGCAGUUGCAAACCCAUUCGGAAAGCCCUCUUCUUCACCUUUUGGUGCUCCAUCGUCUGUAGGAGCCACGUUCAACCCAUUUGAUAAGCCAAGCUCGACGUCGAGUCCAUUCCCUGCAAACCCGAAUGCAGCUUCUAACGUUUUCGGCGCACGCUCGUCGAAUUCAUGGCCGAAUCAAUCACCAGGCGUCUUUGGUACCCAGUCAACACCGAAUACAUCCCUAGGAGCUGCUGCAAAUGAACAGAACAUGUCCAAUCUACCAGAUGAGCCAAAGCCCAGCCCGUUCGGCACACCAUCAAAAACCAGCUUCGCAAGCCUGUCCCCAAAGCCAACAAAUACAUUCGGGUCCCUGGCAAGCUCAAGUUCAUUUGGUUCUUAUAAGAAUGCAUCUGGUUCUCCAGAUGGCACAUCAGGUCCACCAGGGCCCUUCGCCAACCCGACGACGAAUGGCACAUUGCCCAAAUCAGGUUCUUUCCCGAAUUCUCAGCCAGCUAAUACCUCGAGUACUCCUAUGUUCUCCAAAUCAAACUCAAGUUUUGAAUAUCCUGCUUCUCCAAAGCCAGCAGCAAAUUCAUUAGCAGCUAAGGUUGAGCAGCAGCUGAAGAAAGAUCAAAUCGGCCCACCCAGAAUGCCUACGUACGACCUUAUGUUUGAGCGGCAACUAUUAUCAGUCCCGGAAUUGAUGCAGCAUCUACGAGACUACAAGGCCUAUCAGGAGAAGGUCCGUAGCUCUCUCAUGAAGGCAGGAUUAAUCGACGACCCAGAGAAGCCUAAAUCUCUGAAAGACGCUAUCGACUUCAAGGGAACAUGCGAGGAUAUGUGCCCACAGCUUGAGAAGAUUGAGAGACUUGUAGAAGGCAGGGUUGACAUCUCAGAAAAAGGUGUGCAAGAUGAUGGAAGUCCGACUCGGCAUGCCGUCAUGGAGAAGAUGGUAAAAAUCCUAGCACGUUCAUCUGCAGGCCAAGCGGCACCGUUACCUAGCGAAGUUAGGACUACUGCAGCUCUCCGCCGCACUGUUGACUACCUGAUGAAAGACGUGUUGACUGAGUCCAACAUAUCCAAAGUCCACGGCUUCCUUUGGAACAGAACUCGUGCCAUUCGCAGAGAUUUCGUAUUUCAUUCAUUCAUGACCCCUCCAGAGCUGGUUGAUCAAGUCUACUGCCUCGAAACAAUUGCAAGAUUUCACACUAUAUCUCUACACCUCAUGUCGAAGCCUGAAAACUACUCCGAAACCUUCGACACUCAUCAGGAAUUCGAGCAGCUUGGGAAUACAAUGAUCUCACUCAUGCAAGCUUACGGAGAUUGCAAGGCAAAUGGGGUUGUGUGUCCAAAUGAGGCCGAAUUUAGAGCUUACUUGGUGGUUAUACAGCGGAAGUCAAACCCUGGGCUUCUAGAAAUGGUUCAUAGCUGGGGCUGGGAUCUGUUUGAAGCAAAGGAGAUGAAGCUUGCACUCAGCAUGGCAGAAGCGCUGGGGAAUACCUGGGAUAUGCAUGGACCACUGAAACCUACAGCGCCAACGAAUAUUGCUCAGAAUGCGUUCUCCCGAUUCUUUGACAUUGUGAAAGACAAGCAAACGUCGUACACGAUGGCUUGCUUCGCUGAAAUAUGGUUCAACGACGCUCGGGAAGCGAUUGUGAGGACAAUUCUUGCUACAUACCGAAAGCAACGCAACCAGAUCAAAGAUUGGACUGUCCCGGUCUUAAACGAGUACCUGCGAUUUGAUGAUGAGACCGAUGUCAUCCCCUGGUGCGAGGCUCGCGAUAUCGUGUUCGAAGAAGCCGAUGGCUCGACUUACCUGUCCAUGGAACCUGGUAAUGUGCUGAAUCACAUUGAAGGGAAGCAAUAUCACUCGCAUAGCUAUGUCGAAAAGAAGCGUGGCAGUCAUUCUCUACAGCACGUUUUGUACCAUACCGUGUUCGAUGAAGCUGGGAGCCUGAUUCCACCGCGAAAGGAUGAGGAUGAAGAGGGGGGUUUGUUUGUCAAGCAAUCAGAUCCAAUUCCGAAGCAAAACAGUAUUGGGAAUGGCUUCCUAACCAACUCAUCGAUGGGCCAUGUCUUUGACCAGAAUACAACUUUCUCAUCGUCCGUUCCUCCGCCAGCACCGGAAAGCCAACCUAAGCCGAUAUCUUUCUUCGAUCGAGUUGGGAACCCGGCUGUUCCCAAUGGGGGUUCCCCAGGGACCUCUUCGUUGGCUAGCCCUUCAAGACAGUCGAGUGUGAUAGACUUGACCCCUCCCUCAAUACCUGCGCCGUCCCCGAGCAACAGUGCUUCAACGAUCUUCACGAAGCAACCAGCUGCCCAACAACCGCCAUUUCUCACAGGGCAGCCGGUGCAUGGCACAGGAUCGUUCUUCCCCAGCCAGUCAGCAGGUGGUGCGCCCCCCUUCUUCCCACAACAAGUUGGCGGUCAAGCUUCCCCCAAGCCCAGUGCUACACAGACUUCGAUCCUCACACAACCAUUAUCACAAUCUAAGGAGGUAACUGGCGGUCAAGUGUCUCCCAUAUUUUCUUUUACUCCAACGGCUCCGGCUCAAUCCUCUGUACUGGUGUCCGGAACCGCCCCUUCAGGAAACAAGUCCAUGGCCACCCCACGUGCUGCGAUAUCUAAGCAUGUUUCUUUCUUCCCCCAAUCGCAGGUCUCGACUACACCGUCACCUGCGACAGUAGCGACCCCAACAGAGCCAAUUGUACAGUCGAGCCUUCUACCAAGUCAGCCACUAUCUGAAAUCCUUGGACCACCGGCACCACGCUCCAAUAAGCAAAACUCGCUUCCGAGCGAGGCAUCACAAGUCCAGAGCGACACGCCAAAGGAAAGUCCCGAAGCCUCAGCUUUUCCAAGCCUCCUCUCAGCCGUUCCAAGGCAGUCAGCGUUCAGCGCUGAGCCGCCCUCCUUGCCAUUCGAUAAGUUUGCUGGGCUCACAGAUUGGUUCGUUUUUGGCAGUGAAGGCAUCGUGGAGCAAUUCACUUCUUAUCAAGUUGGAAUCAUAUUAAAGGCAACAGCGAAACAAUUUUUAGAGGAGGAGAAUGCUCGCAAGACAAAGGAGGCAGACGACGCAGCUCGAGCGGAGGCAGAUUUGUUCAGGUACCGUACCUUGGCCACGAAGUAUGGAACCUUAUGGAGGGAGCAGGCGCAUUUACGAUGGCUCAAAAGAAGAGGAAGGGAAGCUCGUAAAGCUCGGCGAGAGAUGGCAGAGACUUUCAGAGCGUCCAAAGCAGCACAGUCGGCUGCUGUUGUGGAAGACUUCCGCUCUUCGACAACUCGACCGCGCAAGGACAGUCUGGAAAGUCUCCUUGGUGCAACCGGUGUCCUGAAUGGAGUUCAUGAUGCAAAUGGAGAACCCAGAGCGAUUGCACAAGAGAACCGUAGACCUUCUCAAAAGCGACAGCGAUCGCAACAUUCCGAGCGAUCCACAGCUAGUCAGUCGUCUACAGCGAGCAAGCAUAAACGCGGGAAGUCAGAUAUACCAAUUCGUCAGUCAAUUCUGUCUGAUCCAAGUUACCUACAGGGUGGCUCAAGAAUCCAUCUUUUGUCAGACUACAACCUGCGAGAAGAGCAACAGCGGCCUCAGAUCAGCGGGGUACAGACUGAUUACUUUCGCCUCAAGGCUAGAGGAUUAUCAAUCCUUCGCGAUGGAAUACCGCCUGCACUUUCGGCUGCGCAGCGAUCGUUGAAUCCAAAGCGCUCCUUCGAUGGGUUCAUGAAGCCCACGACGCCUCGGUCGAGGCUGCAAUCAACACCGAGAAGCGUUCCGAGUAAACCUGCGGAACAACUCGAGGUUAACAGUGAAUCUGGUGAUAAAGUCGACGAAGUUGAGGCUUUGAAAGCAAGGGCAAAGGCGGCCAUGUCAUGGAGGAAGAGCUCAGGGCAGAAGAGGUCGUUUGAUGACGAGGAUGAGGAAUUGUUCGCGAGGGCGAAACGAAUCAGAGAGCAGAUGGAGGAAGGCGAGGAUUACUAUCGAAGGGAAUUGGACAGAGAGUCGGGAAGUCGGAGCGCAUCGUAGAAGCUGUAUAGCAUAGCAUUGGGCGUAUUAUGAGCAUGGGAAAAUGUUGUUGGUAGAUUGGGACGGCGUUGGGAAAGUCAUGCAUUUACAGGGCGUUUUGGGCGGCUUGUAUAUGGCAGAAGGAUACCCUUUUAGUCUGUGGGAAUGAGUGGGAAACUU